AGCGUCUCUACUUCUGUUUGUUUAAAGAAAAUUGACUGAAAAGAAAAAAAAACCUUGCCUUUAAUUUCCAGGAGCUGGGGGAUGUUUAUUAUUGUUGUUGUUGUUGUCAUCCCUCUGCGGUGUUUUAUUCUGACAGGUUGACCAAGAGCGCGAAUGUGAAAAUGGACGAUGGAAGCAAACAGCCACACACAUUUGGGAGUGGACAGCAGAGAACCCACCAUCCCAGACCUUUUUUCUACGUCCAGCCACCAUCUCAACCUUAUUACCUCUACCAGCACUGGCAGCUGAACAACCCAUAUAGUCACUACGGUUUGCCAGGAGGUUUUAACUUCGGCCGUCCCUGCAUCCACCCUUUCCAGUACAUGCAGUAUCCUGGCUUUGUUUUCCCACAUGCUCCGGUAUAUCCAACGGAUUACAGGCGAAUGUUUGAACCUCGGUUCCACGCUCCUACCUGGAGUGACAUGCCUCGCCAGCAGCAUCACCCACAGCCUCAUGGGCGUCGAGAAAUGGCCUGCUCAGAGGCUCAAACCGACCCCAGUGAUGCCAUAACCAAGCUCAUCGAAUGCCUGGAUAAAAUUCGAGCCAACGAGAUGCAGGGUGCUGAGAGAGAACUUGACUCUGGUGUUGCCUCCCAAUCCUCUGGUAUGUUUUCUCCAGGAGAAGAGAAGAAAAGUGAAGAGCAGGGUCAUGCCCUGCCUUCGGUGCCUGAUGACAGCCAUUUGGAGUGUCCUGCUGUGACCUUCUGUGACUCCACAACGGCAGUGUAUGAUGGUGAGUCCAGCCAAAGAAGCUUAGAUGCCCUGAGCCCUCAGGGAUGCUGGUCAGGAGGCUUGGAAGAGGAGUUGCCUAUCGAUAGCUCCUCUGUUCAUGAAGACUGUCCUGAGCUCGAGCAGCCAGCUGGAGAUGAACACUUUCUCCCUCUUAGGAAAGAAGAGGUCACGGAUUUCCAGUCAGAUAUCUUAGUGACCGAUCCAAGUGUUCCCAGAUGUGAUGCUGAAGAGCUCCAGAAGUCGACAUCAUCACUGACACCUUCCUCCAGUCAGCCUGUGCUUAAGGAAGCUAGAAGCAGCGACAAAGUCUUACAGGCUGAACAUCAGACAGGAUCUUUUGAUGAAGCCAAAUCCGAUCCAAGCUACCAGAUCCUCAAGCUGCCUUUUGAGAGUGCUUUGACACCUGGAGCUGCAGGAGCUUGCCACCUCUCCUCACCUGCAGCCCCCUACUACUACAACUACCUCUCCAUGCAGACCACCCAUGAGCGAAUGAGUGUCCUCAGUCCUUCUCUCGAUGAGCUUUCCUCCAGAGAUGAGAUGUUCUCCACAGAUCUGGAUGAAGUUGAUCUUUUUCCCAAACAUGUGUAUACAGGCAGGAGGCUUGCAGAGGUCAUUGGCGCAUCACCUCAAGCUGCUGAAGAAGUAGAGGAGGUGUGGCUGCCAGGUUCAAAGAGGUUUGUGUGCGCCUGCUGUGGGAAAAGCCUGGCCAAAGGUGCAGGUAGGAGCAAAGUCACCAGCUCCAAGAUAUACAGAGAUGAAGCGGGAGACUCUGAGGAGGAAAGCAGGUAUGGAAGAGGGUGUGAGCAGCCAGUCAGAGUGGUUGUGAGGAAACAUUCUGCACCCAGGAAGCCCCACUCUGUGCCACUGAGACAUGCAACAAAAUCUUGGUAUAAAAGAGGCCAGUACAAAGAUCCCUCAGGUCCAUUUGACCAGGAGGAAGGUCACAACCUUUUUAAGCAGGAGCCGGCUGAUGGUGAGAUUGGAAAGAUGACUGGCAGUGAGCUGCAGUGCAGAACAUGCCAGGACAGACUCUGCAGAGAAGAUCUGACCACUUCAGAGCAAGGCAGGUGGGGAGACGGCGACGUGAUUCCCAGGAGGAGACAAGCAACCCCUCUGCAACGACCAGAGAUGGGUACUCAGAGGAAAAUGAUGCACCACAGACCAAGAGAUGAGGACAAUGAUGAUGACGAGCCACCAUCAUUACACUGGGAGAGAGGCUCUACUAUGAGAGGAGAACCCAGAUGUUAACGUCCCCGGACUGACUUUUGAACAAAGUGUGUUGAACUGCCCCCCCUCCCCCAAAGGUGUGAAUGUUCCAGGGAGCACCAGGUGAAAUGCACUGCACAGGAAGCUGCUUUUUGUUGGAUUAAAAAAAAAAAAAUGUACAAAGUUUCUGCAGUGACACUGCCUUGCACUAUUCAUGAUUAAUGGAUUUCACAAACAGGCAAUGGGCUGAAAGGUUGUUUUGAAGA